AUGGCAGGCGUUCGGAAUAGAACGUUACUGGUGAGUCGAUGUCGAUCAAUAAGCGCUAGAAAUCCCCUUAGUAUCAUGUCAUACAUACUUAAGAACCGUCUUUGUCCACCCUUCUUGGAAUCAAUAAUUUCAAAAUUUUCAUCUGAAUAUACAAGUAUCGUAUUCUCUCCACUUGGACGAAGUGACAGGAUGAGCACCUUCAAAGACAAAACCAUUCCUGUCCCUGGAAAACUCCCCAACGUCUGCGCAGAUGCCGAACGCGUUUAUCAAGUCCUUGAAUCGGGAGGUGUCGUUAUCCUACCAACCGAGGUGGGCUACGGAUUAAUGGCCACUUCUGCGGAAGCCAUUGAUCGGGCCUUCGCUGCGAAAAGACGCCGACCGGGUCACGCCCAGGGUAUAUAUGGAACGCACGAAUUGCACCGGGAGCUUCACGUGUUGGACGAGCGGCGGUUCGAAAUGACACGUGUGCUAGUCGAAGAUCUCGACAUGAGCUUCAUGGCCGUUGCGCCGAGCCGUGACGACCAUCAUCUUCUUCAGGCUUUAUCCCCACAAACGCGAUCGAAGAUCACCAAAAACGGCACCAUCGCUAUGUUCAUCAGCUGCAGCUCUCUUCUAAAAGAAAUUUGCAAACUGAAUGCCACUUCCGGGCAGCUCAUGGUAGGAUCCAGCGCAAACGUGUCCGGUGGCGGGCAGAAAUUCAGGGUCGAAGAUAUCGAAGAUGAACUCAAGGAGGCAGCGGAUCUGAUUGUCGAUUAUGGCCUUCAACGUUAUCAUGUGUAUGGACGAGCUUCACUCAUCAUGGACUUUGGCGAAAUGACCGUUUUACGAAUGGGGUCCUGUUAUGAAUUGUUCCGCGAACGAUUGCGAAAGUUUUGGGGAGUCGACUUGCCCGAGGAUCCUGAUCACAAAGUCACCCUGACGCAGGGUUAA